UCGGCGAGGCCCGGCGGGAGGGCGGCUGCGAUCCGCCGCGGCCGGCGAUGGGAGAUGGAGGGAGCCGGCGGUGCGGCAGAAACACUUGUGCGGGAUAAUGACAUAUCAGCUCAUGCCCAGAAUGUUGCCAAGGCCAAAUAUGAAUUUUUGUUUGGCUUGGAAGAAGAGAAGCCUUCAGGAAUGGGUAGUGGCCGUGGAAGCAGCAGUUUGCCUCCUCAUACCAUCAUCAAUGAAUUUCCAGAGUAUGGCACUGUAGAGUCGAGCAGACAAGCUCCAUCAGCUCUAUCGACGUGCCAGGCCGAGCCUGUAACACACAGUCCAGAAAGACGGGACAGUCACCACCGUGUCAGGCCUAUUCCUCAGUGCGCAGCUCCUGCUCAUAAUUUGAGGCCUGAUGCAGGGGCAGUGCAGCUUCACACCCCCGAAGAAGGUUUGCAACCCGCGGGUAAUCUGCCAGAGAUUAUGAAAAUCUCUCGACAGCUAGAAGCAGCAAAGGUGCAAGAAAGAGCAAAUACUUCUCUCGAUUCAGAGACGCAAAUGGAAAAAAAGUGUGUUACUGGCAGCCAAAAUGUGCAGGCAGCCAGAGAACCAGUUCCAACAGGCCAAGAAAAACUCUCAGACAUGCUUCUUCCAUCUGAACGAACAGCUGAGGAAAAAAAGUAUUUGAUCGUAGAGAAAGAUCUGGCUUCAGUACGGGCUGGAGAAAAACAGUCUGAAUCCUCACAAGCCGUAAGUAAUAAAGCAGAGGAGGUCCACACAGCUCAGGAACCAAGCUGUCACAAGUCAUCUGUGACAAACCUGGAAGCAGUUAGCAGAGUGGAGAGGGGGACACGUUUUGAGGAGUUUUCAGAGCACAAUCAAGGCAAAAUGCAAACAGGUACUGAGAGAAGGCUUGCUAAAGAGGCAGCUGUGAGUAAACAUGUAGAAUUUCAAGGUGUGGAGAUCUUAUGGCUGGAAAAAGCUGAGGAGCAGAAAAGAAGGAAGCACUCACUGCUGGACUCUGUGUCUGUGGAGAGGAAGGCAUUCGCCAAAACAUCCAGCCACUCUGUGUCACCAAUGGUCUCCCCAGCCUUGCUUUCCUUGCCAGACAGUGCGUGGAAUGAGGUCUGUGAAGACCCAAGGCUGGAACCUGCUGCUUCUGGAGCCACUCCUCUACCACUGCUCGAAGAAAGCAGGAUGGAUGAAGUUUCUGUGAAGGACAGGAAGAACUGUGGUGAGGAGGAGAUGACUGUGCUUGCAAGAGGCCAGGGCAGGAUGGUGGAGGAGGGGGAAGCCGCCACAGGAGGAUAUGAAGAUUUCCUUGGGCAGAGGCACUCUGACGUCUCCACUGAUCUGUACAGCUCACAGUUUGAAAACAUCCUAGACAAUGCAUCUUUGUACUACAGUGCGGAAUCUCUGGAGACAUUGUACUCGGAGCCCGAUAGCUACUUCAGCUUUGAGAUGCCACUCACUCCCAUGAUCCAGCAGCGCAUGAAGGAGGGUGGACAGUUUUUAGAUAGGACAUCAGCCGUGGGGCAGACAGAUGUCCCUGACAGGGAGGUGAAGGGAUGUGGUGAAGGCAUCGCCAAUGGCUUAAGGGAUGUAAGCGAAACACUCUUCAAAGGAGACAUCACAGAAGUCCCUCGUCUGGAAAGCAAUGUUGGCCUACAGAAUGUGGUGUUAGACUCCAGUGCAGCCAUGGGGAGCAGUGAACUUCAGGAGAAAGAUGCCACUGGAGCCCUUGGCCACGACCUCAGCAAUGGCGGCAGCAGCAAUUUGGAAGCAGCCAGGCGCCUGGCUAAGCGCCUCUACCAUCUGGACAGAUUCAAACGCUCUGAUGUAGCAAAACAUUUGGGUAAAAACAAUGAAUUCAGCAAGCUUGUGGCCGAAGAAUAUCUUAAAUUUUUUGACUUCACAGGCAUGACGCUGGACUGUUCUCUCAGGAGUUUCUUUAAAGCCUUUUCACUUAUUGGAGAAACUCAGGAACGAGAGAGAGUUUUAAUCCACUUCUCCAGCAGAUACUACCAGUGCAACCCAAACGCCAUUUCUUCUCAAGAUGGAGUUCACUGUCUCACGUGUGCCAUGAUGCUGUUGAACACAGACCUCCAUGGCCAUAACAUUGGGAAGAAGAUGACCUGCCAAGAAUUCAUUGCUAACCUCCAGGGGAUGAACGAUGGCAAAGACUUCCCGAGAGGGCUCUUGAAGGCCCUCUACAAUUCAAUCAAGAAUGAGAAGUUGGAAUGGGCAGUGGAUGAAGAAGAGAAAAAAAAAUCUCACUCGGACGGUGCAGAUGAAAAGGAUAAUGGGAACCAGACAAAGGCUGUCAGUCGAAUUGGCAAUUCAAAUAACCCAUUCCUGGACAUCCCUCACGACUCCAAUGCUGCCGUGUAUAAAACUGGAUUUCUGGCUCGGAAAAUCCAUGCAGAUAUGGAUGGAAAGAAAACUCCCCGGGGAAAACGAGGCUGGAAAACCUUUUAUGCUGUGCUGAAGGGAACAGUCCUGUACUUGCAGAAGGAUGAAUAUAAGCCAGAAAAGGCUUUGUCAGAGGAAGAUCUGAAGAAUGCGGUUAGUGUGCACCAUGCGCUGGCAUCCAAGGCAACAGACUAUGAGAAGAAACCCAAUGUCCUCAAGCUUAAAACAGCAGAUUGGAGAGUCCUGCUUUUCCAAGCCCAGAGCCAAGAAGAAAUGCAGACCUGGAUCAACAAGAUUAACUGUGUGGCUGCUGUCUUCUCUGCACCACCAUUUCCAGCAGCCAUUGGCUCUCAGAAGAAGUUCAGUCGCCCACUCCUACCAGCCACCACAACAAAGCUAUCUCAGGAUGAACAGCUGAAGUCCCAUGAAGCUAAGCUGAAGCAGAUCUCGACUGAGCUUGCUGAACAUCGCUCCUAUCCUCCUGACAAGAAGCUCAAAGGCAAGGAAGUAGAUGAUUACAAACUGAAGGACCACUAUCUGGAGUUUGAGAAAAAUCGCUAUGAGAUUUAUGUUGGCCUACUGAAAGAAGGGGUGAAGGAGCUGCUGAGCGGAGGAGAGAACGAUGCGCCAGGACUGAAGAAAUCACACUCAAGUCCUUCUUUGAAUCAGGAGUCGCCAGUUAGUGCCAAGGUGAAACGCAAUGUCUCAGAGAGGAAGGACUACAGGCCAGAAACACCUAGCAUUAAGCAGAAGGUCACUUAGGGUGGAAAUGACAACUAGGGGAACAGCCGUGCAGCAAAGUAUUGGUGGUCAAAAUUUUUUCAUUUAAUAACCUGUCAUUCACAAAAAAUAAGUGCAUCUGCCUGAAUGGGGUGUUAGUGACAUUUUCUAUUGUAUAUUUUGCUGUUUCUGUGCAGAUUGUGGGAGAUGUCUUUGCUCCUGCUUUGCUUUGCUUUGUUAAUUUAUCAUUUAGCAAUUGAAACAUCGGGACUUUUUUGUGUUAUUCUGUUUCUAAAGGAGCUGGGGAAGGGGUAGAACGCUGUGAUGUUUAUUCUGUCUCCUCCCCGUUUAUCUCCUCCCAUCGGCAUGUGGCUUUCAUCUCUCAAGUCACUUGUCACUUUAUUUACGUGGUGGGUGGGAAAAAUAACUGGACAAGUGCUGCAGUGCUGUGAAUGCGAGCUGUAGCUGUGAGAAAAGCUGUGCAAACGUGCAGCUGCAGAAGGCUGACUAGAGGCUUAGGGUGCUGGGAACACUAGUUUCCUGACAAUGUGGGGCAUGUUGGUACUGGUACUUAGCAGCAGAUGGUACAGUAAAUAGUCACUGUUGCUUAUUGUUACUGCAUUGACCCUGGACACUUUGUGAGUGUGAAGGAUUGAAACCUGGAAACCCCUGGCAAUGCUGAGAUGAUGGCGUUGGAGUAAUUUGUUUGUUUCCUUCCAAGCAGAGAACCUUCUCCUGAGUUUGCAGGCUGGAAGGCACCCAGACCCAUGCUGUCUCUGCAGUCAGGAAGAUUAGGGAUUACCCAGUUGGAAUGGCUAUCUGGGCUUCACAUUUUUUUGCAGAGAGGGCUGCUGUAGAUGUCAGCCAUUAGCAUUAUAUAUUAAUUAUAUAUAUUAAAGACAAAGGGCCUCUGUGUAGUUUUUAACUAUACGCUCUCACUUAGCUGCUAUAUAGAGCCUUAUGAUAUAUUGUGUCAUGUCGCUUCCCCUUCCAGGGGUUCCUUGUCGGUGUGCACAGAGAGCUGCUUUCAAUUCCUCUCAUAGUGACAAAGCACUUUGCCUUUCUUCUUCAGAACGGGAUUCUCCUCAGUUCUCCAUUUUCCUUCUUUAGCUCACAUAUAGGUGGAAGAGGCUGGUGCCUCCUGCAUAUCUCCUGUGCCAGGCUUUCCAAGGGGAGCACAGGUCUGGGAGAGACCACCAUGGGUAGGUCUUUCCAUACCUGAAAGGCCCUUGUUUGUGCCAUAGACCCUUGGGGUGGCCAGCAGUUUCCAAGCACAGAGAGCAGAAAGAUGACGUAGUAGUAAUUUUCCUACUUCCCAGCCCCUCUUGUCUGGGCAGUCUCAUGGCUCUGCAGAGAGUGAUGGCUCUCCUGUUACCUAACCUGUUACCUGAGUUUUAAUCUCAGUUUUCAUACUGGCCCACAGGGUGAGCUUGGAUAGGUGUCUCCCAUUUUGUAUCACCCUUUCUCUAUAUGAAGUAGUACUACCAAACUGGCCUUUCCCACAGAGCGCCUUGGGAGAUAAUGUUGAGGGCCAGUUGAAAAUUGCUCCUUGCUGUUUGUUCUGUUGUGCCUGGCACAGGACAACCUUCUUGUUGAAUUCAAUUCUUGAUGCAUAUAGAAACGUCAAGAUCAAUGCAAGGACUGUUUAGAAAUGCACUGGUGUUUUCAGCCCAAGUAGUAAAAGGGCCACACAUCAAAAAAAUUGCUACCUGAGUGGAUGUGUGUUCUGUCAGGCUUCCCAAGGGUCCUAAUCAAUUAAUCUAGUUUUAUUGAGCUGCUAGUCCAGUGGGCAGAACUAGGAGUGAUCAAAGAGAAAAGGCCUUUAGCAGGCACUGCAUGAUUUGCCUUCCCUACCAAGUACCACCAUGCAACAGCUUUCCUAGUGUUGUUCCGACUGUUGGCUGUAACAAUGAUGUUGCACUCUCAGAUGUGAGGUUUUGGGGCAAAUUGAUCCUUACAGCUGCAGUCUGGCAGCAAAGCCAGAUGAGACAUCACACGAGUGAUGUUGGGAUGCACAUCAAUCUGGCAUCUGCCACAGCUGGGGAAUGCUGAAUACACCUUUGGGAAGAAAAUUUGACCUCCCUGUUACGAUUAAGGAGUGAUAUUUAGUGUUCCCACUGAGCCUGUCCAAACUACAUGGCCCUGGGUCACUCCCUCCUUCCCCUCCCCAUCCUUGCAGUGGGCUGGAGAAAAUUUGAGGCAUAAAAGGCAAAGAUCACAGGUUGAGAUAACAAUUUACUGGAAAUGGCAAUGAGACAAGAAAAUGAAUGGUAAACAACAACAGUAUUAAUAACAGAGUGUUCAAGAAUGCUCACCAUGCAGAACCCAAUACCCAACCAUUUGUGACCCAGAAGGGACAUCUUCUGUUCCUGGAAAAUGACAUGAGGUGGUAUAGAAUAACCUUCAAGUCCAAGCCAUGCUCCUGCUGGGCUACUGCAUAAAUUAGUCCUGGCCAGAACCAGUACAUCAUUCUCUGAAUUAUUUUAUAUAACUAUAGGAUACAUGCAGCAGAAGCAAAACCCAAAAAAGGUGCAGAUCUAUAAAUGGCCCUGCUUGGCUGUCAUGGUUGGGUGAGUAGAUGAUCUUUUUGAAGGCAGGCUAGAACAUGCUUGGCAAACCUCUUGUGUUUAUGGAGUGCAGUGCUUCAAAAGGCAAAGAGGUGACAUCUAACUUUCUUCUUCCCUGGUUUUAAACGUGUUUUGGUUGCUGAAAAUUCCAGUUAAAUUGCUGAGCUCAAAAAGAUACUGCUCUUGUUAAAUGCAUUUUCCAGCUUUGACACAGAAACUGGGUAAUUCCUCUUCAAAGUCAUUGCAGAAAAGAUGAUUUGAAGCCAUAGGAAAAAUCAAAAAGUGAACUGCAAAAAAUAUGGUUUUUUUCAUUAUUUAUUAUCUAUUUCCAUGUAUACUUGUAAACAUAGAGUAUUUUUUUAGGUCUCAUCUGAGUGUAUCAAAUGAAGUUUUUCACUGCAUUUUUUACUCAUUAAACAUUUGUUGAGCUUACAGCAGUCUUGCUGAGAUGCUGAGGCGUGCAGAUCAGUUUACCCAGAACUUAUAGUAUCUACUUCAGUUUUAAUUAAUACCAUUUUCCUUUGUUGCUUUACAAUCUAUAAGCAUCCCAGGUACCUGUGUAGAAAUGCACGCUUUGGAGAAUAAGAAAAAAGAGUGAUCCUCUUGUGAAAAUCUAAGACUCCUGCCCUCCCUUGGGAAUAGGUUCAUCUACCAAUUAGUACUGUAAUUAUUUUUUUUCCCUCCUGAUGAUACUAUAAAGGAUAGGGCAGGUUCUCAGUUGGUCUAAGUGGUGCAUCUCCUUGAAUAGCACCAUUAAGAGUCUGACCAGAUAACUUUGCACGGUACCCUGCACCCUGCCUUUCUUUGCUGAAAUGUUUGCCUUUGGGGAAGAUCAGUGCUUGAUUGCAGUGACUCAGUAGCUCUGAUUGCAGUGUGUAAAGAUAUUCUGCUGGUUUCCAGCCCACCUCUGGGACUUGAGCUGCAAAUCACUGGAGCAGCCUGCAGUUUCCUGGGUGUACUCAGUGUAAGGAGUUACUGGCUGGCCGCCAUAAGCAUGUGUGCUUGUGGGAGAGCCUUUGCAUGGGUGGCGCAGGGAGGUGUCAUCCUUCCUUGUCACCCUCCUGCUCCACUGUGCUAUCCUUGCUCAGGCGAGGCCUCUGCCUGCAUGUAGAGAGUGGGGAUGUAAAGACGGGGAGCAGGCUAAGGCUAACACCUCCUUACUCUCCCUUUCUUAAGGUGCAGACAGUGGUUCUGGGGGGACCCACCCGGCUCUGAAGCGUUGCUGGCUCCAGAGACUGAACUGUUUGCUAUCCCCAGCUAAGGGAGGAAAGACAGGAAAGGGUCCCACUAGUCUGCACCUGACAGCAGAGGGCCUAUGGAGAAGGGAAGAACUGCCUUCCCCUCUCUCCAUCCAAUGACCAAAGUGGGUGAAAUACUCUUCUGAAGCCAAUACCAUACUCUCCUCUAUAAUUCAGCAGGAUGCAGGGGACUGUUUGAGAUUUUUUUCAUCAGUGGCUGCAAAAGAGUCUCCCUGGACUAGUUGUGUGUUUGUCUGCAUCUUGCAGAUUAAUUACGUAUGAACCAGUGAACAUGACUACAGCCUCUAAAUCCAGUAUUUAUGUUGUGUCUUCAGUUGAUGUAGAGUGGUAAGUCAGCCAGCAGAGUGAUUAAUGCAGCAGAGUUGUACAGGAAUGCUGUUCAGCUGCGUUGCCAACUCAAGAGUUUUUCAUCUGUAGCCAGACACUUGUAAAUGGUUACCAGAAAUUUUCUAAUGAUUAGUAACAGCUUCUCACUAAAGUACUUUCCCUCUGAUCCUGCCUGCUCCCAGGUUGCAGUCUGUCUGUAUUAAGGGGCUCUCAUGUAGAGCUGUGCUCUGCACAGCCCUGCUUUGAGGAGGAGUUUGGCCUAACAGACCUCCAGGGACUGGAAUUGUUCAGUGACAUUUGACAGUUCCAAUGCCUUCGAAUAACAAGGCUGGUUGCUCUUAUGGCUUGAAAAACCCAAAACUUUUGCCUUUCUCCAAUGGGGAAAUGAGGUUCUUGCUUGACUGGAGUAGGCCAUUCAGUGAAGAUGUGGUUAUGGCAGUAGAAGAAGUCAGAGAUUACAGGAUUAUCAUCAGGCUUCUUGGGGGCAUUGUAUGGCAAUGUUCUCCUUGGAAGUGGGAAUGGCUUUUCUCUGCAGAUGGCUUACUGCUUACUUUGUCUGCAUUCUCCAUUUUUAAAUUAAUUUUGGUCUUAUUGCAGUUAGUCUGACAGCUCCUCCUCCUUUUCUGACAAGCUACACUUGUCUGUCAUCUUAGCACCUCAGCUGCUUCUGUAUAACAGGUUUGUUUCCUUCCAGGCUUGCAGAAAUCCAAAAAUUUGACUCUCCCAUCUUGCAUUGAGAAAACCUGCUCUGAAGCAGUGCUGCAUUGAAUGGAUAACCCUGUGAACAGCUUUUUCACUCUGCUUGUUGGUAGCCUGUGUUUCCAGCCACAGUUAUAGCUGGGAGGUGCGAGACCGAGUUUUAGACUGCCAUGAUUCUCUAGUUGUAUGCUGCAGGGAUGCUGAGUCCCCCUUCCCACACUUGACACCAGACACUUGCAACAUUCCCACUCUUCUAGUAUCCACGUUGGAAACACUGGCUGCUUCUGCAGGGUCAAAGGCAGUAUACACAUCUUAUGCCAAGAAACCUUGCAGCUUGCUGCUUGUUGAAUUUUCUUCAGUAUUGCUCUACCCAGGCUCUGGGACAUCACAUCUGCUCUGAGGGGGCAGUUAAGAAGUCCGCAUUUCUCAUCAGAGCACAAUCAUUGCUCCCCAUCAUGUGUUCUCAGCAUCUGUUAUCUAGGCUUCUUAAGGGGAACCACAGAAGCUGUUUCAGGAAAAGCUAGUCUGCAGCUUGUGCUUUUUAAAGGAUAUUUUUAGUGCAUACAGAAGCAGUACGUCUGCUCUGCUCUCUCCCAGAGCUCUCCCAGCAGCAUAGGUAUAGCAUAGUGGGUUGCUUCACCUGGAGCUUCACUGUGGAGACCUGAACUUCAGGAAGAAGAGGCUUUGUCAGCCUUCAGAGAAAUGCUACCACCUGAACUGAGCAUCAGUGCACAGGACAAUGAUGCUGUAUGAAGAAGCCAGUGCCACCCUCCAUGGAUGGUCACCUGCUGGAGACUGUGAGCUCUAGCAUUGCCCUCAGUGUUGGAGGUAAUGAGGAAUGGUGGCUUCCUUUUCCAUCUAGUCUGUGCUGAGGAACUGUCUUUACCACCCGCUACUUUUCUCCCUUGUGACAGCAGCACCCUUAUCCAAAGAUACCACAGUCCCUUUGUAAGAAGACUGGUUUACAUGAGAGCAAGGAGGAGAGGUCAUUGGAAAAAGUCUGAAUGCCAUCUGGGAGUAUCUGCUCUGCUGAUGGCAGCAUACAGUUAAACAUUGAAAGGAGGCAGACCCAGCCUUGCCUGAGAGAAUGUCCCUUGCUCAGUUUGUUAGCUGAAUUAAGGUUGUGUUUUAGUUAUUUAUUAGAGCGCAUCCCUUACCAAAUGCAAGCAAAAACUUUCACAAAGAUUCGACCAUUGACUUGACUUUGCCCUUGUGGUCAAAAGGAGCAAAUUCAGGCUAGUCCAAGGUGUUCUCUCUUGCCUGCCUUUGAACGCUUAAUUAUUCCAUAAAAAUAAUAGAUGUUUAAUCAAUGAAGAUCGCUCCAUGGCAUCUGCUUUUAAAGCGAGCCAGGAACCAGCUGGGGUAUAGGCCAGAGGUUUAUUUGGACCAAUAAAGGUACAUCACUUAGCAAUGCAAGCACUGAAAGUGCAACAAGCCGCAAGGGCAGGAUUUUUCUCUGACAUAAACCACUGUAAUUAGUAGCCACUCUAGCAGUGAUCCUGUCUAACUCACCUAAAUGAGACUAGCACAAGAAGACAAUUUUUGUCUAAACAGGCAACAUUUCAGCUUAGGCCAAUUGAUAUCAUGGUGUAGUGACAGAGCAGCUAGCUAAGCUGCCAUGAAGACUUGUUUGGCACAAAAUCCUCCAACUCCCCUUAUCCUCUUGCUGGGAAGAAGGAGAUAAAUGCUAUUGAGUCUGUGUCACCACACAGUGCAAACUCUACUGGUAAUAUAAGUCUUAACUCACAGACUUACGAAAUUCUCAUACUCAGAGCUGUCAGAUGCUGAAAGACUGUAGGAUGAGAACAGGGGUGGGUUGUGGUAGGGUUUUUUUUUAAAUUUGUACAUAUUCAUGACAACUGUGUCCUCUUACUUGAGUCUAGAAUUAUAAUUUGGCUAAAAGGACAGAGUUUUUUGGGUGUUGAAAAGCUUUAAAAUCACUCCUCUGUGUGAGGUACACUCUGAGACUUAUAUUACUUGAUGAACAUGUUUAAGUGAUGCCUAUAGAUGUGUGUAUUUCCUAAGUAUAGUAUGGCUUCUAUGGCUCAGCACUGCAGAACCUGCUGUUCUUUUCUGAGGCUUGUUUGGUCAAAGCACUUCAGCAGCUGCAAACAUUGUUAGGAUGCUUGUUGUUCUAAUUGUUCUCAAGUGAGGUUAAACAGCUAUCAGAGCUUUUGCAGAUUUAAAGUAUACUUUGAGCUGCCUUCAUCUUCAUGUGUUGUCCACCAGGGGCUGCCUGUUGUUUUGCAUGUUGAAAGCAAGGCAUAUAUUUGAGAGUCUAAGCAAGAGCUAGUGGGUGGAAUUUUCUGCUAGCUUAACACUGGGCUGACUUUCUCUCUGUUUAUAUCAGCUGAUGCCUGUACAAGGAGCAUCCAUGCUGACUUCUUCUGAAAAUCGUGCUCUGGGGAUCUAAUACACAGCUUUACUUCUGAAAACGUUGACCUUGCUCUGUGAAAAUUCGGCAAAGGGACAUCAUGUCCAGAGUGUCUGAGAAGGACAGGUGCCUGUGAUGUCUCCUGCAGAUACAGCAGUGCAGCAGUAGUGAGGGGUCUUUUUUCAUCAACUGUUCAAAUUUCCAGAAGAGUGGCUCAUCAGUAGGGAAGAGAAGAGCAACAGGGCUGAAAUGAUGUAUCUUGGGCAUCUCUUAUGCCUCCCAGAGGUUUCUUUUGAGAGCAUUGAGCAACCUUUUAACAAGUUGCUGGUCUGAGGAAAAAGACAUAGGGAAACCCACUGAGUUUUCCUGUUGUGUUCUAGUAAGGGCAACAGUAGCAUGAUCUGCAUUAUUCUAGAAAGAGAGAGCAAAAGUCGAGGGUGCGAUUCUUCCCUGGGGACAUAAAACUCUUAUCAUGCAGUUAGGUUGAAGCACUUGAGCAACUUCAAUAGUGAAACUAUGCCUUUGCACUUCACUGGACCACAGCUAGAGUGAUUGCGCCUUGCAGAACUGAGAUGUGAGUGAACUGCAGCUCAGAAUGAAAUGAAGGAGACCACUGUGUAACCGUGCUUUGGACAAGCUGCAGCCCUGUAAUCUUUUUUCGGGUACUGGGCUUCUCCCUUGGGUUUCCUGCCCUCCAUGGUGAUGGGAAGAUGUGGGUGAGCACUGUCAGUUUCAGAGUCGCAGUUAAGAAGUGUCAUUUACCCACUACCUGAGCUGUUGCUAUGUUGUUUUCCCUUAGGCUGAGAAAGAGGACUGAAUUUUCAGUCAAUGUUGCUUGGUAGCCAGUGGGGAAGCAUAACUCAGCAGUGGUGAUGCAGAAAAACAUUUUGCACAUGUGUGUACAUACACCUUAGACAUCUCUUGUGUGCAGAACUAACGUUACAACUUGACAACAGUCCUUGCAAGACCUUUCCUCUGGGUGGUCUCCAAUCGCUUCUGUGAUGUGUAGGAACCUUAUUUCUGGUAACCUUGAAUUCAGUUUACUCUCAUCACUGAAUUGCUGGAGUGUUUUUCAUGUAAUACACUAGAGACAGUCCCAGUCUCACCACUUUGUGGUAACUUCUUGGUCUGCUGUGAAGCAACAACAUUGAGGUAGCCAUUAAGUCUUUUCCAGCAGCAUGGAACUUGCUGUUCUGACUCUUGGGGAGGUCAUCAUCUCAGGUUUGACACUAUCCUACUACCAGGACACCCUGUUUUGUCCCUGGGAAUAGGCAUGGCCAGAAAAGCAUGCUGGGUGGUUAGAGUCAGAGCUGUGCAGACUUAAGUCAAUCCCUGAUUCAGGGAAGAUUUUUCCAUGUGCUGCUGAUGUCCAUAAGGACUCAAACAUAUACUUGCUUACACAGAGAUGCUUUCCUGAAGCAGAGUUGUCACUCUUUUCUACAGGUAUCACAGGAUGCCCUCCCUUAUUCUGCUUCAUGUAUCUGGUACUAGAAUGAUCAUUUCCUGAUAAAUGAAGGCACUUAAUCAGUCCUCUUCCCCUUGGAAGAAGGACUUUUGGGGAUAUUGUUAUAUCAUUUAAAAUAAUAUUUUGGAAUUUAAGUUUACAUUGCUUUAUUUUUCACUUGAGGUGACUGUAUAUAAAUAUUUUCCUCUAUUUUAUCAUUGCUGAUAAAGUAAGCCUACAGUAUACAGACAAAUAAUUUGCCUUUGAUGUAUUGAAACUGUGAGAUAAAAAGUAGAUUUCUCUCUUGUGUCCAUGUUCCUGACUAUAACUCUGUUCCUCUGUGUUUUUAUAAGUUGGAAUAAAUGUUGCUUACGGGCAACAAAGAGCCUGCAAGCUUCCCAAUAAUUUUUGUCAUUGAACUCAAGCAACCCUAUUGAAGGAUCUCACAUAUGUAUAAUGAUAUAUGUAUAUGUACAAACUUUAGAAAGAAAUAAACCAAAUGUAUUUCA